UGGGACUUUUGUCGUGCACCUGACACCACCAUGGAUGACUAUCCGAUGUAUGGGUUACUUGUGGGGUUCUCCCUCUGGGGGACCCUUUGGCGCCUCCUCUUUCCUCUAGGCUUCUGGCCCACUUUCACGUGUAGAGUAGGAACCCGGGGUGGCACUUCCACCCAACCUUACACGAAGGAGGAGGAGGAGAAGAUGGCCGCCAUCCUGCAAGAGAGAAAGGAAAAGGAGGUAAAGAAGAAGGCCCUGCAGGAGGAGCAGGCGGCAAAGUUGAAGAAGAUAGAGGAGGAGAUGGCUAGAGAAAAAGAGAGGUUGAAGAAGGAAGAAGAGGAGAGGUUGAAAGGGAUGGAAGAGGAAGAAGAAGAUGAAACGCCACGGCAAAGGAGGAAGGGGCAGCACAGUGGCAACAAGGAUGAAGAGAUGGAGAAACGGAUUUCGGAGUGGGUCGCCAACUUAUCCCUGGGCGAAGAAGAAGAGGUAACUAUGUACAUCCCCAAGGAUGAGCAAGAGGGCCGCUAUGAAGAAAUGGGAGGCAGAAGAAGAUGUUAUGAAGCGGCAGGCGAUGGAAGAUAAAACGAGGAUGGUGUGGAAACUCGCAAUGAUGAGGGAGAAGAAAAGAAAAGUGGAGGCGGCGAGUGCAGCAAUGCAGGAAUUGGCGGAGGUAUGGACUUUAACUACUCAGUUGACCACCCAGGUAGACCUCCAACAAAAGGUACAAAUCAUU